CUCAGUCGUCCAUAACUUGCACCUCAGGAUGACGGUACACUGCUUUGUUUAUUUCUCUGGCAGCAGCUGCCCAUAUCGAAUCAGCUGGCUGACACUGUUACUCUUAUUGGUAUUACUAAUGCUGCCACAUGACUCAAGAUAUGCAGUGAACGGAUUUUUGCGAUCAAACGAGACUAACUGCCCUAGUGAAGCCUUGGUUAAUUUAAGUCCAGGUAAAACUGGGAACGGUUCCUUAGAACUUGGGGGUGAGUUUUAUCCCUCAGAGGCAGUGCACUGGCUCAGUGGCCGACCACUAGGCUGCCCCUGUCAACUGAGGGGGUGUCUGCCUUUGUGCUGCAAGCACGGCAUCUGCGUCAAACAUCUCGAGGAUGGUCUGGAUAUAGAGCCAAUUUACGACCCAAAGAGUUUGUUACCAGAGCGGAACUUCAAAGUGCGUAACAUGUGGCAGUUUGCAUGGGAUCCUUGUCAUGGGGGUGACGGCUUUACAUUAGAGCCGGACCAGAAUGCUGACGACAGAUUUUAUGUGCUAAGCAACGGAUCGCUAUAUCAGCCAGCAAGUGGAGUAAUGCAUGACUAUAAUAACUACUGUAUAUUUGAGCUGGCUGGCAAGCACCUGAUUCAACUCUGCUUUGAUGAACCGGUUAUUCAAGCAUACAUUGUUCACUUUUCUUUUCUGGCCAGUUUUUUUUGGUUAAACGUUAUGUGUUUUGACAUCUGGUGGACUUUUGGAGGCCUUCGCUCACUCCACGGCAGUGUUAAGCAGCGGGAGCACAAAAAAUUCAUUAUGUAUUCGAUCUACGCGUGGGGCUGUGCCAGCAUGCUAACUGGGAUCUGUAUGAUUAUGGACCUUGUACCAGGCAUCCCAGAAGAUAUUAUACGUCCAGAGUUUGGAGUAGCCAGCUGCUGGUUCAAUACUAACAUUGCAAGAGCCAUUUAUUUCUAUGGACCAAUGGGAAUAACGGUUUUGUGCAACAUUUGUUUAUUUAUAAUCACUGCUCUCAGAAUUUCAAAACAUCAACAGAAUACAGCUCGUCAAUUGAAAGGUAGUGAUAGCAAACGUCAUGAUGACAACAAGCAGUGCAAACUACCAAGCAACGAAUCUGAAGCUAACGAGGGAGUGGAGUGGUGGAGAUAG